AUGCGCUACAUGCUCUGCAUCUGGUCAUACGUCCGUCAAGUGGCCCAACCGGAAAGCGAGGAACAGCCUGAAGAUAAGAAGGAGGCAGCGUGGAGUUGGCGACCCGAGAGUGGAAGUGGAGACGACGACGUAUCCCAGCACGAAGGUGUCCUCGAGAAGCUGAAGACCGCUGCCGAUGAUGCUGCACCGGCUGUAGUCGACAAGAUCAGGACUGUGGCACAUAAGAUCCACCUUCACAGCGUCAGGGCUGAAGGGGUCACCAGGUUGCUAAAUCCAACCACCAUCCGGAUGCAGGCCCGCUUCGGUAGCGACCCCAGCCAGGAGGACAGUCACGGCUUGCACAAAGCCAAGGAGAUGGCUCUGAUAUGGCGAUCUCGCGAUAACCGAAAAGGCCGCAAUUCGAUAGCCGUGCCUAUGAUGCCACCUAUUGAAUCGGAAGAAACUCCUCUGUUACCCUUGAGGUACACCCCUCGAAUAUCUGGAAAGUUGAGCGACAUUGGUUCUACACUGUGGCGAAUGUGCACUGUCUUUCCCUACUGGGACAUGGCCUUUUGGAGUGGAUGGUCGUAUACGAUUGGGUCGGCCCUAUUCGUUGCAGAUGGAGCGAUGGCCUGGGGUCCUGUGGCAUUCGGGGAGAAUUUCGAGUCAGCCACCACGGAAAAGUAUGGCGGUCCGCUGUGCUUCUUCUUUGGUGCCCUCUUCUAUCAAAUCGGAGCUGUCGCGGCGUACUUGGAAGCUGUCAAUGAUGGAUCCUUCCACGGCUCUGCAAUGCGCAGGCUACUAGAAGGCCACGGUCAGGCAGCCAGCAGGAAGUUGCUUGACGACAAGAUUCAUAACUUUGUUGGUCACAUCAAGCCGCACCAUCGAGAUCACGACGCUGAAGCUCUCGCCAACUCGGUCGAUCCCGAAGCAGGCUGGAAGACCAAAGAGCAUCGCCAUUUGAGACCUGGAUCCAUCUAUCCAACCGGCAAAGCUCCAGCGCCUCGCCGUGGCGGAGUCGAUCUCGGCGGCGAAGAAGGCGAUGAAAGCGCCUAUAUGACCUGGCGAUGGUGGCCAAGCUGGCAUGCGUUGAGAACACAGCAUGUGUAUGAGAUAGGAUACAUCGCCUGUACCAUCCAACUGUUCGGUGUGACGUUGUACGGCGUUACAGCCAUCGUCAUCCUCCCGGGCAUCCUCGACAGCCUGAGCAGUUGGCAAGAACUCGGCGCGUACUGGGUACCACAGAUCGUCGCCGCAGCUUGCUUCCUCAUCGCAAGUAUCAUGUUCACCUUCGAAACGCAAGAAAAGUGGUGGAAGCCCGAGCCGAAAGUCCUGGGUUGGUGGAUCGGCGUAUGGUCCAUCCUCGGAUCAGUAGGCUUCGAGCUCUGCGCCGGAUUUGGUGUUCCUUCUGGUUCCUUGACCUGGGCCGCAUACCAGAGCGACUUGUCCAGCAUGUGGGGAUCUGCCGCAUAUCUGAUUGGCAGCUUCCUGCAGUGGUAUGAGGCUUUGAGUAAGAAUCCGAUCGAGGAGCUGUUCAGUGAGCCUGGAGAGAUGAAGUCUUACCAAGUGCAUCCCGUAUGA